UAUUAUUGGGCAACUGCAUAAUAACAUUUUUUGUGUAUAUACAUGCACUUUUAGUUUUAUUGCAUAGAGAAAUGGGUCAGAAAAAGACUACUUGGGAAGUUACGUGAAAGUAGACACAUUCUAGACCGUCUUUUAUUUUUAUUCUUGAUUGUGCUUUCAUAUGCCCGAGCAUGUUCUUGAUAUUAUUUCCUGACAGCGACCACAAGUACCGAAAUUUGGCAACUGGGACAGUGAAGAAGUCCCCUACACUAUGUACUUUGAUAAUGCCAGGAAGGGGAAGAAGACUGUCCCGGGGGAUCAAAUCGAGCCUCAGGAAAAUAUUGAAGUUGAACCGAAGGUUCAAAAAGCAUCUGAAGCAAAAACACCAAAGCAUGAGCGGCAGUUCAGCCAAGAAGAGGAUGAACUAAGGAAAUCAACAGGUUUGCCUAAUGUAAAAGUUCAUAAACCUGCAAAUGACUCAUCUCACAAACAGCAUAGUCAUGGACAAACUGGGAGCGAUAAACCGGAACCAGAACCACUGAGGGCUCCAGAAACGCUUAGGCCGAGGCACGAUCGUCGGUCAAGCCGAGAAGAUGGUGACAUGAGAAGAUUUUUGGAUUCUCCAUUGCGCCACGAGAUGGCAGGCCAGAGAAAUAGUUCUAACUCGCCUCGUCAUCGUCAUGGCGGCUCGAGCGCAGGGGACACACCUCGUAGGGUUGGUCGGCAGAGUGUGGGGUCUGAUCGGAGUGUCGACCACUCACCAUUGCAUCCGCAUUCCCAGCCAAGAGUUGGAGGAAGGACUAGUGGAAUUUCUUCUCCUUCUUGGGAAAGGAAAGCUACAUCUGAAGGGAGCCACGGCCUAGCACCGUCUACUCCUGGAAGAUCUCGGCUGAGAUCUGUUACACGAGGGGAUGACUCGCCUGACCGAAGCCCUGCUGUCCCGAAAUUUGGUGAUUGGGACGAGACAAAUCCUGCAUCGGCUGAAGGAUACACUCACAUUUUC